GUGUCUCCAAGGUCAUUCACUUAAACAAUACGUACAGUCAUUUAAUGAAAAUGUACAUACAGUGAGAAAUUGACAAACUAAAUACAAAUAACAUUAAAAACUAUUUACGAAAUAGGCUUGUCAGGCCUAUCUCCACAGACCUCCUAUGCUUAUUAUUGAAGAUUGGUAUUGUACUUUGAAUAAACUUUGGUUUGUUUGGAACUAUCAGUUGGAAGGUUUCCAAAGCAGAUAUUCGAUGAACGGAACUGUCCGUUUGGGAAUGUUUGUCGUUUAUGUCUUGUUUUUAUGUGGGACUGGAGUGGUUUAUUCCAAUUUAUGUCCAAGACAGUGUUUGCCGGGAUCCUGUUGCGAAGUUGAAGAAAAUGACUUCAGAUGCUGUCCUUAUGCUAAUGGUGUAUGUUGUAGUGAUGGGAGAAACUGCUGUCCUCAAGGGACAAAGUGUGAUUUGGAACUCGGUCAUUGUCGUUCUCCUAAUGGGACUGUGUUACCCUCCAAACAUAUAUCAGAGAAAGUAAUUGGUGACUUAAAAACCAGUACUUUGGAUAUGGUGCUUAGGAGACUAUCUACAAACUACAUUAUGUGUCCCGACCGCCAGUCAGUGUGCCAGGAUAAUACUACAUGUUGCCCAAUGUCAGGUGAGAUAUGGGGUUGUUGCCAACAUGCCAACGCUAUUUGCUGUCCAGAUGGAGAACAUUGUUGCCCUCAUGGUUCAGUCUGCGAUAUGGUGCAUCGCUCAUGUAAACCAGCUAAGUUCGAUGAAAUCCCAGAGAUAAAAGAAUCUUCCCACACCUUACACCUCGUAUCAGCAUCAGCUCCUGCACGUCUCAACCCAAAUGUCAACCCAUCUAAAGCAGGCUGGGGAAAAAAGAUUCAUAAACUGUCAGCCAAGUAUUUACUAGCUUAUUCUGGUGUCGUAUGUCCAGAUCCAUUAUAUGAAUGCCCAGCUAAUACAACUUGUUGUCCUAGUCCAGAUGAAACAUGGGCAUGUUGCCCUAUUCCCCUAACUGUCUCCUUUCCUGGUGUUUAUAACGAAGCUUUGAAUAAGUCCCUUGAACAGAUGUACAGUAAUAAAAAUAGUUCACAUUCUGUCGCAAAUUUUAAUUUGAUUUAUAUGAGCUUAUCAACAUUGAAUGACACACAAUUAUGUCCAGAUGCAAAAUCUCGCUGUAGCAGUGAACAAACAUGUUGCAAACUAAAAACUGGAGAGUGGGGCUGCUGCCCUGUGAUAAAUGCUGUAUGUUGCAGUGAUGGAGAACACUGUUGUCCUGAAGGUUAUGUAUGUGAUUUAUCUGUUGGAGAGUGUAUAAAUCGUUCUAAAUCAUCAAAUGAAUUGAAAAAGUUUUUACCAAACAUUAAUUUAUCAUCAUUACCAACAAAAAUUGGUUAUAAUAAUCGUUGUCCUAACAGUGAUGUUUAUUGUGAAGAUAAUUCAACUUGUUGUGAACAUGAUAAGGAAUGGGGUUGUUGCUUGUUCUCAAAUGCAGUCUGUUGUUCCGAUGGUGUUCAUUGUUGUCCAGCAAAUACAAUUUGUGAUUUAAAAGCAGAAAUGUGUAUUGGUGAAUCAGGUGAUAUUCUCACUAAACUACAAUUGAAAUCUAAACCUAAAUUUAAUUCAUUCAAAUAUAAUUCACGUAUUAGUAUUUGCUCUGAUAUGAAAUCAGUUUGUAUUAAUGGUACAUGUUGUUCCAAUGUAAAUGAUCAAUUAUCAACACUUUGUUGUCCUUAUGAAAAUGCCGUUUGUUGCAACGAUGGUGAACAUUGUUGCCCAAAGGGUACAACAUGCGAUAUGGUCAAUGGUGGUUGUAUUAUUUCACAAGAAGAUUUACCAAAAUCUAGUUCUGUUCCAUUGCUUACCAAGAUCUCAGCUUUACAUGUUACUUCCAAAAAUAACACACAGUCUACUGUUUUCACACAAGUUUGUCCUGGUGGUAAAGCGAAAUGUCCAGAUAGUGCAACAUGUUGUAAAUUAUCUAGUGGGGAAUAUGCAUGUUGUCCAAUUCCAAAUGCUAUUUGUUGUACAGAUGAUAUUCAUUGUUGCCCAUCAGGAACUUCAUGUGACUACAAAACGCUGUCAUGUGUAAAAACGGACAAUGGUCAUUCAAUUGGAAGCCCAACAGCUAAUGAAUUAUUACGUAAUCCUGGAUUGUUGUUUACUGGAGUACGUGAUCAUGUUUGCCCUGGUCAUCAAUCUACAUGUGCUGAUGAUCAAACUUGUUGUCCAUUGCCUGAUAAAUCGUGGGGUUGUUGUCCACUGAAAAAUGGUGUUUGUUGUGGUGAUCAUCUUCACUGUUGUCCAGCUGGUUCAAUUUGUGAUUUGGAUACAAAACAGUGCAUUUUACAAAUUGAAUACAAUCAAUCUACCACAAAAAUAGUUUAUGAUGGGUUUACUAUGCACAAAGCUAAUCAAAAGUUAUCAAAUAGUUUAUAUUCACAACCAGUAAAAUCUAUUAGUACUAUUGAUACUUAUGUACAAGCAAAAUGGUGUGGAGCAUGCGGUGACACUUGGGCUUGUUGUCCAGAUGUUACUUUUACUUCAUGGUCAUGUUGUCCUUAUGUGGGCGGAGAAUGUUGUAUUGGACAAAAUACUUGUUGUCCUCCUGGAUCACGUUGUUUAAAUAAUGGGAAAUGUGAAAAGAUCCAAAAGAAUAUCUUCAAAUCAUCAGCAUCUGCUUUAAUACCAUCUAUUUCAAUGAAUAACAAUGUACAAAGACCACAUUUCAUUAAACAAAAUAAUGAAAAAGAAAACUUCCAGAUAGAAAUGUCCAACAGUGCUAAACCUGCUCAAAGGAAUAUCCUUCUUCUUGUUCGUCAUUAUCGACGUCUUAAACGACAAUUGCAUACAAUUUGUCCUGAUUCAUUACACUAUUGUGGUAAAUCUGAACAAUGUUGUCUUUCUAAUAAAUUUGGUUAUACUUGCACACCGAAUGAGUUCAUAUGUUGUGAAUCUAGUAUGAAUACUUAUUGUCCAAUAUCCAAGGAUUGUUCUCUAGACGGGAAAUUCUGUGUUGAUAAGCAUUAGUCUGACUAUCAUCAUAGUUAUUGAUGAUUGGAUGAUUAUCAUUCUACAUGUGUGUAUGUAUGUGUUUAUGUGUUUAUGGAUUACUACAAAUCUUGCCAUUAUUAUAAAUUUGGAUUUGUAACAUCUCUUAUCCAUGUUACUAUUUGUGAUUCUAUUCAAUAUAAAUUGAAUUUUCAUUAUAAUUACUGUUUAAUAUUUUUCUAUUGUUAAGAUAUUUUCAUCUCUUUAUUAAAUAAAUUUCAUUUUGUGCUAUUAUUAACAUUGAAUGUGUUCUUUUACACUUGAUCUGUAAUUGGUUUUAUACUACAAUGUAACAGAGAUAAGUGAAGUUGAUUUCAUAUGUGAAUUUACAUUCAGUUGACUAGUCUCGGUUACUUACUUGCUUACGCCUGUUACUCCUCGUGGAGUAGCAUAGACCGCCCACCAGCACCUUCCAUUCAACCUUGUCCUUUCCAGUUGUUAUUCAUCCUUUUCGUAUCUGCUUCCAUUUCCCGAUGUAAUGUGUUCUUUGGCCUUCCUCUUUUCCGCUUCCCUUCAGGAUUCCAAAUUAGGGCUUGCCUCGUGAUGCAGUUUGAUGAUUCUCCCAGUGUAUGUCCUAUCUAGUUUCAUCGUCUUUUCCUAAUUUCCUCUUCAACCGCAAGCUGGUUUUUUCUUUGCCAGAGUAGGCUUUAUCCGGCGAACGGAUAUUGAGUAUCUUGCGUAGACAACUGUUUAUAACUACUUGUACCUUCUUGAUGAUGGUUGGUGUGGUUCUCUAAGUCUCAGCUCCGCGCAGUAGAACUGUGUUGACGUUCGUAUUGAAGAUUGAUUAUUCUCUAAAAUAUAAAAAAAUCAUAGAUUAUC